AUGGGUAAAUUUGUCGAUGUAUAUCUGAAAAUAAUAUUGCACGGCCAAAUCUGGUUCAAAUUUAACAACCUCUGCCUCGCUCAAUUGCUACAAAAUAAAAAAUACAAAUCGAUUCCGCUCAGAAUGAACAACAGAGUCAUGCAAUCCAUGGCAAGACGUAUCACUCGCUCAGGUAUCUCUACAGUCAUGAAGGCUCCCGCUCUAAUUUACAGGCCCAUUUGCCCGACCAUCCCGGCUUUGGCUCAAACUACUACCUCGGUAAUUCGGAGGUACUCCUCAGAGCCAGUUGAAGCAGCAGUAAAUGCAAAUUCUGAUGACGCAGCCACGGUCGAAAAAAAAGCGGAUGAGUCCGACGAUACAGUUCCAGGACUCGAGGCAAAGACGCGCGAAAUCAUAGAGCUCAAGGAUCGAUAUCUGCGCUCAGUUGCCGACUACCGCAAUCUGCAAGAGCGCACGAAGCGUGAUAUGCAAGCAGCCCGCGAUUUCGCAAUUCAGAAAUUUGCCAAGGAUCUCAUCGAUUCUGUAGAUAACCUCGACCGUGCCCUCGCUAUGGUUCCGCCUGAAAAACUCGCAGCGCAAGAUCAGACGGAUGCUUUCAAAGACCUAGUUGCGCUCCAUGACGGCUUGAAAAUGACCGAGACAAUCCUAAUGGGUACGCUGAAAAAACACGGCCUCGAGCGCUUUGACCCUAGCCAAGAACACGAAAAGUUCAAUCCAAACGAGCACGAAGCGACGUUUAUGGUACCCAUGAAAGACAUGGAAGAUAACACUGUCUUUCAAACGCAACAGAAGGGAUUCAAGCUCAACGGUCGUAUUUUACGAGCGGCCAAAGUUGGUGUCGUCAAGAACUCUUAA